GAUCUACGAACUUUGUUACAGUGCCUUUUAAUAAUCAUGAAGUGUUUGUAUUCAGAUGUUGACCAUGAAAGCGCAGGUGGAUGUGGUCUGCUGUAAAUCAGUAGGAACUGAUCUGUCCAUGCUGGAUAUUGAGGAUUUCAUCACAGAAAUCUGUCAGCUGAAGAAAGAGGUGGCUUCACUGGAGGCAAAGCUGAGAGAAAGAGGAGACAAACUGAACAGAGAGGAUGUGGAGAAGGUUUCAGUGCAUGUGACUGAUGGGACAGAAGCUCAGGAUUCAGUCUGGAGCGUCAGAGAUCAGAGAUCCAGAGACACACAGGACUCAGAGCUCAGCCUCACUUUACUCUGUUAUACUGACGCUCAGGAUCAUGAAUCCACUGAUCAAACCUCUGACUGUAACGCUGGAGAACAGCAGAUGCUGCAGACGCCGCUGAAGAUGUGCUCCGUCAAACUGGUGGACUGCAGGAACCUGAUAGAGAGCCGAGGAGAAGAAACCACCGCAGAGAAAGAACAACAACACAGUGAUGAGGAAGAGGAGGAUGAGAAUAAUGGGGAUGAUGAUGAUGAAGAUGAUGAUUUCAUUCCUCCAGAUGUCAAUGGUGGCUCAUCUUCUGAUGGAAAUGAAGAAACAGUCUCGACCUCAAAAGAGCAGCUCAAGAGUUUCUCCUGCGCCACGUGUGGAAAAACAUUCAGCAAACAGGGUAAUUUAACGAGACACAAGAUAAUACACACAAAACCGAAACCGAAACACUUCACCUGUAGGAGAUGCAAAAUCAGCUUUCCUACCGCAGAAGAGAGGAGACUUCAUUCAAAAGAGCACAGCAUGAAGGAGAUUCACUGUGAACAGUGCGCAAAGGUUUUUUUCAAUUCUUCAAAACUAAAAGUUCACUUGAAGACUCACGGUGAAAAGUCUUUCCACUGCAGCGAAUGCGACAAGUAUUUCAGCACCAAAGGAAAUCUUGAUGCUCAUAAGCGAAUCCACACGGGAGAAAGACCAUACAAGUGUCCUCACUGUGAGAAGAGCUUCAAUCAUGGAUCUCAUCUGAAGACACAUGUGCGUUUGCACACCAAUGAGAGGCCGUAUCAGUGCAGUGAAUGUGGGAAAACCUUUACAAACUCAAGCUGUCUAAAAUCACAUCAGAAAAUCCACACUGAUGAGAAACCAUAUCAGUGCAAACACUGCGACAAACGAUUCCGUCAGACUUCUAGUCUGAACAAUCAUGAGAGGACUCACACCGGAGAGAAACCAUAUCUGUGCUCCUACUGCGGGAAGAGCUUUUCUAAUCAAACUCAUUUUAAAGAACAUCAGAGGAUUCACACUGGAGAAAAACCGUAUCACUGCGGCGUCUGUGGGAAGAGUUUCAGUAAGGUUGGUACUUUACAAAAGCACAAGAGGAUUCAUACUGGAGAAAGACCGUUCAAAUGCUCACAGUGUGACAAGACGUUUGCUCGAUCAGGUGUCCUGAAGGUCCAUCAGCGACGAAUCCACACGGGAGAAAGACCAUACAAGUGCCCUCACUGCGAAAGAAGAUUCAUGUAUGGAUCUCAUCUGAAGACACAUGUGCGUUUGCACACCAAUGAGAGGCCGUACCAGUGCAGUGAAUGUGGGAAAGCCUUUAGGCAGUUAUUUAGUCUACAGUCACACCAAAAAAUGCACUCAGGUGAGAAACCGUUUCAGUGCAAAUACUGUGACAAACGAUUCCUUCACAAAUCCUACCUGAACUAUCAUGAGAGGACUCACACCGGAGAGAAACCAUAUCUGUGCUCCUACUGCGGGAAGAGCUUUGCUAGUCCAGUUCAUUUUGGACUUCAUCAGAGAGUCCACACUGGAGAAAAACCGUAUCACUGCAGCGUCUGUGGGAAGAGUUUUGGUAAACACAUUACAUUACAAAACCACAAGAGGAUUCAUACUGGAGAAAGACCGUUCAAAUGCUCACAGUGUGACAAGACGUUUGCUCGAUCAGACGUCCUUAAGGUCCAUCAGCGAGUUCAUACAGGAGAGAAACCUUACUCCUGCUCCAUCUGCGGCGAGAGAUUCGCUUAUUUAGGUAGUUUUCAGACCCACCAGAACAAACACGCUAAAGAACAAACUGCUCCAGAAUCAUCAGAGUGACUUUACAUGUCUUGGUCUGUCAAUAAAGGCUUCAUUUCGGCAGUUGCUUUCAUCGUGCAUGCCCUGUGAUGUAU